AUGGAAGAAGAUGAGCUUGUCAAAGUGUACUCAUUUGUGCAGAUGGCAGGGUUCAAAAGUCAGGUUCCAUUUGAUCAUUUGAAGAGACUUGCUCGAGCUUACCAUGGUCUUGACGCUAGAAAAGAUGCGGAUGCUACCGUUUCCAAGUUGGAUGAAAUGAUCACAGAGAAUGAUUUGGAGAUUUUGGACCAUAACUUGGUGGUUCUUGGCCCAGUACUUCUAAAAUGGGUUUUGCAGCAGAAAGGAGUCUUGGUGGACCCUGUUGCAUUACAAGUAUUGGAGAUCAAUGCAAGAAUCGAGGAGUAA